AUGACCACGGCUGCUUGUUCGUCAUUUGCAGGUCUCGCUACAGUGCGCUUCAUCCUCGGGAUGACGGAGGCGACGAUCUCGCCCGGUUUUGUGGCCGUGACGGGCAUCUGGUGGAUGAGACAGGAACAGGCUGGUCGCUCCGCGCUGUGGAUAUCGUUCUUGGGAGUGGGGAGCUUUGUCGGUGUGCUGCUGGCUUAUGGGAUCGGACAUAUCAACAGCAGCCUUUCCCCGUGGAAGUACAUAUUCCUGAUCUUGGGGGGUGUGACUAUGGUCUGGGGUGUGGUGUUUAUGCUCCUUGUUCCCGACAGUCCAGCUCGAGUGAAGUGGCUGAGCGAAGAUGAGAAAGUCAUUGCAGUUCAACGGGUUAUUGAAAAUAAGACCGGAACGAAGAGUCGUCGAUUCGUCAAGAGUCAGGUUAUCGAGGCGGUUACGGACCCCAAAGUCGUCAUCCUCGGGUUGAUAUCGUUUGUCAAUGCGUUGGCAUCUGGUGGCCUUUCGUUCGGGUCAUUGAUUAUUGCUGGAUUUGGGUUCACACCGCUCCAGACGACGCUCAUGAACCUCCCGUUGUCUAUGGUUCAGACUGUAGCUCAGCUUAGCUCAGGGUUCUUGUCCACCAAGAUCCGUAGCUCGCGGUUACACAUCGCAACGGUGGCCAUGAUCCCUCCUAUCAUCGGCACUUGCCUCAUCAACCAGCUGGCAACCCACAACAAAUGGGGAAGGCUCGUCGGUCUCUGGCUCUUAGGAUCUUACCCCGUUGGAUUUAUGGUAAUCCUGGGUCUGUUAUCGACCAACGUCGCCGGCAGCACCAAGCGGUCUGUUGCUUCGGGGUGGGUGUUCGUAUGCUACUGCAUCGGCCAGAUCUGCGGUCCACAGUUCUUCAAGAGCACGGAGGCGCCAGAGUAUCACGGCGGCAUUGUUGCUAUGCUCUGCGGGUUCGUGCUUAAUUUGGUUCUUAACCAAGUUCUUCGGCUCCUCUACAUCCUCGAAAACAAAAGGCGAGAUCAAGGGCUUGAGGGAAAGUCCGAGAAUGAGAUUGCGGAUAUGAAAAGAGAAAGUGACGUGCAGGGAUUCGAGGACGUUACUGACAAGUACAACGUAAGUGACUUGAAACUAUGGAAUUUCUAUGUUGCUAACAGGGGACAGAUCAUGUUUCGAUAUGCAUUGUGA